AUGAAGGUCUCAAGCAUAGACUGUCGCCGUCUUAAGAAAAUUAUCCGAAAGGAGUGCGGGAGCUGCCUUAUAGUGGAUUGCCGACCAUACUUUUCUUUCUCCAACUGUAAUAUCAAAGGUUCGGUCAAUGUAAACUUGAAUUCCGUUGUCGUCCGGAGAUCUCGGGGUGGUACCGUGCCUCUUCAGUUUGUGAUCCCAGACGAAAAAGCCUUGUUUCGGCUUCGAGAAGGUAGCAUUUCGGCGGUGGUGGCACUUGAUGACCGGACGCCUCAUUUGCAAAAGCUGAAGAAGGACAGUAUCGCUCAAAUAGUGAUAAAUACUCUUUCACAUCUUGCGAGUAGCACAAACAUCUGCUUCCUGAAAGGAGGGUUUGAGAACUUCCAAUCUCAUUACCCCGAACUUUGCACAGAAACGAAAAACGCCGAGUCCAGCGGAACUGAAACAGAGAGAAUUGCACGCAACCACUGUGAAGCGCUUGGCUCUCACCACAAACCGGAUUACGAUCAGGGCAAGCCCGUGGAAAUCUUGCCUUUCCUAUACCUCGGCAGUGCCUAUCAUGCCUCCAGACAGGACUAUCUUGCUGACCUUCACAUAUCGGCCUUGCUCAACGUCUCCCGCAGAGAUACGCAGCCCUCCAAAGGCCACUACGAUUACAAGUGGAUCCCGGUGGAGGACAGUCACACGGCUGAUAUCAGCUCUCAUUUUCAGGAGGCUAUCGAAUUUAUCGAUCGGGUGAAGCAGGCAGGUGGGAAGGUGCUGGUACACUGCGAGGCAGGCAUCUCCCGCUCUCCCACCAUCUGCAUGGCCUACAUCAUGAAAACCCAGAGGGUACGCCUGGAAGAGGCUUUCGACAUGAUCAGACAGUGCCGAGCCAUCAUCUCUCCCAACUUCAGCUUCAUGGGGCAGCUGCUCCAGUUCGAGUCCGAGGUCCUGUCCUCCACGCCACCCUCGGCCGACCCGGCCACCGCACCCUGCGCCCAAGAGACGGCGUCCUUCUUCGCCAACGAGUUCGCGCUCAACAAGAAUUUCGAGUCCUCUGUUUUUACGUUCCCUACCUCAUUCCUGACACCCCUCCCCCUUCAGACACCAGUUCAUCAGUUCAAACUAAGCCCAAUAACUGCUGCCUUAAAAUGACUGCUUGGCCUCCUCUAGUCUCAGAUUACUUGAAAAAAAAGAAAAAGUUAAAUAAACGAUUAGGCAAUCAGGAUAGAGCAAUGGGAUUGCAAUGGGAUUUUGGAGGAGAGAAAU